CUCCCAUUGGCUGCCAGCCGUCUAAACAGCUCCAGCUGCAAUCACCGCCGCCGCUGCUGCUGCAACGAGCUGCCGGCUAUUGGAUCACCCCCAUCCUGCACAGCCUCUGCCUCCGCCGGUCUGCAAGCUCACGGAUCUCUGCCAACACAUUCAUUAUGACGGGCGUCGCGGCUGCCUCCUUCUUCUCCAACGUUUGCCGGUUUGGCGGAUGCGGGCUGCACUUCGAGUCCCUGGGCGAGCUCAUCGUUCACAUCGAAGAUAACCACAUCGAUACAGAUCCCAGAGUUUUGGAGAGGCAGGAGCUGCAGCAGCCCACAUACGUUGCUCUGAGCUACAUUAAUAGAUUCAUGACUGAAGCAGCACGCAGAGAGCAAGAAACUCAGAAGAAGAAGGUCCAACCCAAAAUUGCUAUAUCAGUCACCGGAGGUGUAUCACGUAACAGUACAGCCACGCCUCCACGGCAUAGCAACGGCAGCCUAACUCCGCCCGUCACCCCUCCUAUCACACCCUCAUCCUCCUUCCGCAGCAGCACACCCACAGGCAGUGAGUGUGAUGAGGAGGAAGUGGAGUAUGAAGACUCUGACAGUGACGAGUCCUGGACUACAGAAAGUGCCAUCAGCUCAGAGUCCAUCCUCAGCUCCAUGUGCAUGAAUGGAGGCGAUGAGAAACCCUUCGCAUGCCCUGUUCCAGGAUGCAAGAAGAGAUACAAGAAUGUGAAUGGUAUUAAGUACCAUGCUAAAAACGGACACAGGACGCAGAUCCGUGUGAGAAAGCCCUUCAAGUGUCGCUGUGGGAAAAGCUAUAAAACCUCUCAAGGCCUUAGACAUCACACCAUCAACUUCCACCCACCCCUGUGAUAAACACACAGUCAUUUUCAUGUUUACCUAAUCAUCCUUUCAUUUACAUUUCUUGAUCAUGUGUUGACUGGGAUCAAAUGCUGAUUUCAAUUUUUUUUUUUUCUCUUUUUUUUCCUCUUUAUGUGUGUGAUUUAUAUAUGUAGAUAUACUUGUACAUUUGCACAUUCCAUGUAUAUCAUUUCUUUAUUUCUUUUUAAAAUAUCUUUUAUUUUUAUUUUUUUAAGUGGCACAGUGAAGUGAAAAUUACUCUGAAGAUUAGGACAACAAACAUUUGUUUCUGAUUUUAAAGUCAAUUUAGAGAAAAUGGUUUAAAAUCAGAAAAGAAGAGUUGAGAGAUUCUAGAUAACUUCUUUUUUUGUUCUAAAACCUACUUCAAGUGAAAACUACAGUAGGUACGUUAAAACGUGUACAUAAAAUUAUAUAAAGACAUUUAUAUAUAUUAGUAGCUAAGUUGUAUUAUCCAAAUAUUUUAUUUUCCAUUAUAUAUUUUGCAGAACAUUUAUAUUGUUUUAUACAAGAACAUUAUCUCAUUUUUAUGGACCAUUUCAUAUUUUUAUUUGCUUUGUAGAGAAGCAGUCUUUUAUUGUCUGAAUUGGAAGGACAUUGAUCUCAGGUCACAAUACAGCUGCCAACUUUCAGACAAACAAACCAGGAAACAGGAAAAGCUCACUUCCAUUUACUUUGUUCCAGAACAUUCCACACACAAUAUCAAAACGGCUGACAUUACGCAGUGUAAAGUUACCUUUCCAGAUUUUGUUUUGCAUGCUGCUGGCAUGCAGACAGCACCUUUGGUGUAAAAUUGAAUUCUCUGCAUGAGGCCUUUUCCAGACAAUUGCAAGCAGUUAUGAGACGUAGACAUGGUUUCUGGCUCAUGCGUCUAGUUGUAUUUGAGUUCCGAGCAAUAUUUUAUACCACGAUCCCUGAAUGAAAACACUUUGGUUGAAGCCAACAAUAAUCGCACUGGAAAUGCGGUGCAAUGUUAGCCUAAAGAGAGACAAAGAAGGGCAGAUUUAUUCUGCCCUGUUACCCUGCUGAUAUGCCAGCAGUGCAGAAGUGCCAAGUUAUUCUUCUCCAACUGAAAAAGAAACAUGGAUGAUCUGCCAAACACAACGGGUCACAUCUGGCUAUCCGUUUGGUGCCUGUUAGCGGAGAAGCCUUAAAGAGGACCUAAACUUCUGUUUGUGUACUCAGCCUUGCAGUAUUUUUGUCAGUUUUAGCUCGUAUGAUCCUUAUUUCGGUUCUUGCUGUUGAUUAUCUUUUAUUUUUGACACAUUCGGGACUGUCCUUGUGGUUGUGUUGUGUUUGUGUAAACGUAUAUUUGUUAGCCCUCUGCUUGCCUUGUAUUCUAGGCUUGCUAGCAUGACACGACCGCUUAGCUGCUCUGCUGUCUCUUGGCUUUUAGUCUUAUUGUUACAAUCUUUGUUGUCAGAAGUAUUAAAUCAUUAUUACUUUAUAUUGUUAUUGCUAGUAUUACAGUUCGAUAGUGCCAGAUGCAUAGCUACGCCUGAAUAUAUUUUCUCAACUUUAAUUCUUGAACGAUUUUGCAUCGGUCCUGUUGCCGGCCAAAUAAAGCAUUACCAUGGUUUACAAAAGUAAAAUGUCUUUAAAAACUUCUAAGAGCUUCAACUUUUGGUGCAGAGAAGGACCAAGUAAGCUUUCCUAUCCACUAGUCUGUUUUUCUCGGUAAGGGUCGGUCAAAUUAAACAACACGGACCAAAAAUGGCACUGCCAAAUCUCCAGAUAUGAAGCUUGGAAAAACAAGGUGCUGUUCAUGGUACAGUGAUGGUAUCAGAUUGAGUUACCAUGGUUGUUUGAUAUGUAUACCUUGGUAUUUUAAGGUAUUAUCAUGGUACAUGGUAAUUCAUGGUACUUUUUUGUUAGUGGUGCUAAGAUGGGACACAGAAUUUAGAGUUGAUAUGGACAAAAAGUUCCAUGCUUUCCAUAUAUUUGGUGUUAAAUGGUCCCUGGGACAAGGAUCUGUAUUUAAACACUAAUAUUAUGGACUGUCACCACAAUGACAUUUUUGGGGAAAAAAAGAGACUUAAAGUGAAAUGAAUGGAUAUUUACUAUAAUUUAGAUGCCAAAAACUGGAGCUAGGGAAUGAAGUCAUUGGAUGCCUAUCUGUGAGUGACUCAUUGUUGAUGACUCACUGUCCUGUUAUUUUCCAAUUCAUCCAGUGUCAUGUUUGUUAGUAUGUGUGUAUUUUUGGACACUGUACCAGUAACCACAUUUGUACCUCUCUUUGGCUACAGAGUCAUUUGGUCUCAGCUUUGACACGCAAACUAGAACCUGUUAAACAUGAUUUUACUGGAUAGGAUCCGUGUGAUUCCUCACACCUACAAUGUAGUAAUGUGACUGAGAUGCAUUUAUUUUGGAGGGAGUUUGAUAUACUAUAUAGUGAAUGUAUUGUAUUGCAAGUCUUUUGUAAAGUGCUUUUGAAAUUAUAUUUUCGUACUGUAUGUUUUUGUGGAAAAUGUUUUGUGGAACCGAGGCAAUUUGUAUGCGAGAUGACGUAUAAUGUGUGCGUGUUUGUGUGAGUGAGUGAGACUCUUUUGAGACGUCUUUAUCCUCAAGCUGCAAUGUAAACUUUAGGACAAUGGUACAAAAAUAAAGAAAAGCAAACAAGUA